AUGCGUGUGGUGCAGAGCUACAUCCUGAAAGUGCUGAAGGAAAUUCACCCGGACGAGUCAAUUUCCAAGAAAGCCAUGGACAUCAUGGAUGCCUUCUCAGCCGACAUGUUUAACCGCAUCACCCUGGAAGCAGCCCGCCUCUGCCGCCACACCAACAAGCAGACCAUGACCAGCCGCGAGGUGGAGACUGCGGUGCGCCUGCUGCUGCCGGGAGAGCUGGGGAAGCAUGCGCUGUCAGAGGGCAGGAAGGCUGUUGUCCAGGGCCUCAGCUGA